AUGGGUUCUAAAGGUGACAAGUAUUCAGUCAUCCUCCCCACCUACAAUGAGCGCCAGAACCUGCCCGUGCUGGUGCAAAUGCUGUCCGAUGUCUUCACAAAGGAGAAACUGAAUUGGGAAGUCAUCAUCGUCGAUGAUGCCUCGCCGGACGGCACCCUCGAGCGCGCAAAACAAAUCCAAAAAUCCUUUGGCGCCGACCACAUCAUCUUGAAGCCGCGGGCGGGCAAACUGGGUCUGGGGACCGCGUACGUUCACGGGCUGCAAUUUGUGUCGGGCAACUACGUGAUCAUCAUGGACGCCGACUUCUCGCACCACCCCAAGUUCAUCCCCGAGUUUGUCAGGAUCCAAAAGGCUACGAAUGCGGAUAUUGUCACGGGCACGCGGUACCGGUCCAAGAACGGACUGAUUGGGGGCGUGUAUGGGUGGGACGCGAAGAGGAAGUUGACGAGCCAGGGCGCCAAUAUCCUCGCGGAUUUCCUCCUGAAUCCUGGUGUCAGUGACUUGACGGGAUCGUUCCGGCUGUACAAGAAGGAGGCGCUGGUCAAGGUGAUUGAGAAGACGCAGUCAAAGGGAUACACGUUCCAGAUGGAGAUGAUGGUGCGGGCCAAGGCCAUGGGCCUCAAGGUCGAAGAAUGCCCCAUCACCUUUGUGGACCGGUUAUAUGGCGAGAGUAAAUUGGGUGGCGAGGAGAUUGUCGAGUAUCUCAAGGGAUUGCUGUGGCUAUGGUGGUCGGUCUAG